AUUACAGGCGUGAGCCACCGCGACCCGCCUUUGGAAGACCUGGUUUUGCUCUGAAGGAGCAGCAAUGGCACAAACUCUGCCUCUUCCUCUUUCUCAGCAUCAGGCUUCCCACCCACCCCGUCGUCUCAUGGAACGUCUCUGUCUAGACCAUGCAUCUGGACUUUGGCGACGCAGUAAGAAAUCAAAGGAAGGGAGCAUUAAGUUGCAUUCCCUCCCGGAGCCACCAGGGGUCACGCUCCUCCGCGCAGAAGCGCUGGCCAACGCAGCCUGACUCUUUUGCCGGUGCGCGCCCUUCGCUGAUUGGUGGUACGGCAAAGAAGUCGCGCUUUGAUUGGGCCGCUGUCAGGUGUCGCUGCCGGCAGGAUGGAACUUUCUCGUGUCAUUGCAAUUAUUCGUCAUGGGGAUCGUACUCCCAAGCAGAAGAUGAAGAUGGAAGUGAAACACCCAAGGUUUUUUGCUCUGAAAAACAUGGUGGCUACAAGACAGGGAAAUUAAAACUCAAGCGACCUGAGCAGCUCCAGGAGGUGCUGGAUCUGGUGUUGGCUGAACUGGAGAAAGAACCAGGUGGUGAGAUCAAGGAGAAGACUGGAAAACUAGAGCAGCUGAAGUCUGUAUUGGAGAUGUAUGGUCACUUCUCAGGUAUAAACCGGAAGGUACAAUUGACUUACUACCCUCAUGGAGUAAAAGCGUCUAAUGAGGGGCAAGAUCCACAGAGUGAGGCUCUGGCCCCAUCCCUGUUGCUGGUGCUGAAGUGGAAAGGAGAACUGACUCUAGCUGGCCCUGUUCAGACUGAGAAGCUGGGGCGAGCUUUUCGCUGCAUGUACCCUGGAGGACAGGGUGACUAUGCUGGCUUCCCUGGUUGUGGACUGCUUCGUCUCCAUAGCACUUUCCGCCACGACCUCAAGAUCUAUGCCUCUGAUGAGGGUCGUGUUCAGAUGACUGCUGCUGCCUUCGCCAAGGGCCUUCUGGCUGUAGAAGAGGAGCUGACACUCAUUUUAGUGUAAAUGGUGAAGAGUGCCAACAUGAAUGGGCUACUGGACAGCGAUGGGGAUUCCUUGAGCAGCUGCCAGCACCGGGUGAAGGCUCAGCUGCACCAUAUUUUACAGCAGGAUGCGCCCUUUGGCCCUGAGGACUACGACCAGCUGGCUCCCACCAGAAGUAUUUCCCUGCUCAACUCCAUGACUAUCAUCCAGAAUCCUGUGAAGGUCUGUGAUCAGGUAUUUGCCCUGAUCGAAAACCUCACCCACCAGAUCCGGGAACGAAUGCAGGACCCCAGGUCUGUAGACCUGCAGCUCUACCACAGUGAGACACUAGAGCUAAUGCUACAGCGUUGGAGCAAGCUGGAGCGUGACUUUCGACAGAAGAGUGGGCGCUAUGAUAUCAGUAAGAUCCCUGACAUCUAUGACUGUGUCAAGUAUGAUGUGCAGCACAAUGGGAGUCUGGGACUUCAAGGCACAGCCGAGUUGCUCCGUCUCUCUAAGGCAAUGGCUGAUGUGGUCAUUCCCCAGGAGACCCAGGAUGCACAAUGGCAGCGAGCUUUGGAUUAUCUUAGUGCCAUCUCAGAGCUUAACUACAUGGCCCAGAUUGUCAUCAUGCUUUAUGAGGACAACACACAGGUCAUGAACAUGCAGUGCACGGGGAACCUGGACCUCAUCCCCUUGCGGGGACGACGCCGCAGGAGGUCGGGAGACCUCCCCUGGCCUUCCCCAGCCAUCAGCCUACAGCCCUGGGCUGUGUCCACCACUCACCUGGCAUCCUGCACACAGGUACUUUCUGAGACUUCAUCCUUAAGGCCUGAUGGCUACCGGCUCUUUUCAUCUUCACGGCCACCCACAGAAAUGAAGCAAAGUGGCUUAGAGCUGCUGGAUGACCAGCACCCUGUGGUCCGGUUGCUGCGCAGUUUUUCCUCUGACUGUACAGGGGGCCGGCCAGUCUCCUUGGAUGCCACGCUGGCGCAUCACCUGCACAAGUGCUCCUACCACCUGCGCCUCUUGCGGAACUGGCUGCGCUCAGGCCAGGAUGAUCCUGAGUGCCUCUACGGUACCCCCUGCCACCAAGCUGGCUGUUGCCACUACCCUGGCUGGGACUGACUGCUUUGCUUAUUGCACUUCUGGCAGGAGAGCCCACCUGUUUCUUUCUCCUGUUUGCCCUGAGGUUAUGUAACUUGCAUUU